AUGUCUACCCCGAAGAUCAUCUUAUACACCAACCGCGCCUGCCCCUGGGCUCACCGCGCGCACAUCGCGCUCAAGGAGACCGGUCUUGACUAUGAAGAGGUGACUAUCGACUUAAGCAAGCCGCGGGAGCCAUGGUACCUGGAGGUGAACCCGCGCGGCCUCGUCCCCAGCCUUUCCUACAACAAUGAGAUUAUUACCGAAUCCGGCAUCGUAGCGCAAUUCAUCGCAGACGCACACCCAACCCACCUCCUGCCCCCCUCCACAACCCCCGCAAACGCCCUCUACCGCGCGCGUCUCGCCUUCUUCGUCGACGCCUUCUUCUCAAAAGCUCUGCCGCACUUCUACAGCAGCCUCAAAGCUGCCAAUGAAGCCGAGCGCGACCAAGCAGCCGAGCUGCUGAUUGCCGCCGUCGCCAAGGAAGUCGAGCCGCUUCUUGAAGAGGGCAAGGGUCCGUUCUUUGGUGGCAGUGAGAAGAUUACCCUUGCCGAGGUGCAGUCGGGAUCGUUCUUGUUGAGGCUUUUGGCUUUUGCUAAGCCGCAGAAUGGCCUUGUUAGUGCUAAGUUGUUUGGUUUGCUUGAGACUGUUCCGAGGUUCAAGCGCUGGGCGGAGGAGACUGUUAAGCAGGAGAGUGUUAACUUUAUUUGGGAUGAGGGGGUUGUUGUUGAGAAGAUGAGGGCUAAGUUCGCUCCUAAGGUCUAG